GUUGUUUUUGAUCCAUACAGAAAAACAUUGCAGUUCAACACUCACACACACACAACAACAACACAAGAACAACAGAAACAAACAGAAUCAACAGGAAACAACAACUACUACAAAACCACGAAUGGCAUCGUCGGGUGUCAAACGAGGCGAUUCUCAGCAGCUGGGACAACAACAGCAGCAGCAGCAUCAGCAGCAUCAGCAGCAUCAGGGACAGCAGCUCGGGGGCGAUCCGCUCGAGGCCGCCAUCCGCCAGAACACGCAGUGGGAGCAGCUCCCGAGCAACCUCAAGGGGCAGCUGGGGUCGAGCGAGUCGGCGUGGCAGGCGCAGGUGGUUGGGUACAGCAUCCGGCAUCAGCUGCGCUGGAAGGCGAAUCUCGUCCGCCAUUACUACAAGGACGAGCGCAAGUACUACCAGGAGCUGGUCAAGUACAGCCAGGACAACUUUAUGCUCUAUCCGUACCACCUCAGCGGCAUCCUCGUCAAGGGGCUCCACAUCACCCCGUUCGACUACUACAUUGCCAUUCUGCAGGAGAUGCUCCAGGGCGAGCGAUCCUACGACGCCCUGCCGAACUUUGCCGCAGCGGACUGUCUGCGCCUCGUGGGCAUUGGCCGCAACCAGUACAUUGACACGAUGAACCAGAGCCGCGUCAAGGGCUGGUCGUGGAAGGCCAUCGGCGCUGCUGCCAAACGGCGCCAGGCCAUCAAGCAGCUCCUCCCAGCGCAGCCCAUUCCACUCAAUGCUCAGCACUGGUGGAUUGUCCAUCCUGGCUUCUACACCGAGGAAGACGUUCGGCAACUCAACCAGGCGGAAAGAACAAUGCUGGAGAUUCUUGUCACGACAGGACACAAGAUGGCUGGAGAACUUGAUUACAACACGCUGCUCGGGCUGCAUACGCGCGGAUUGGUGUUUCUUGAAGUGCCGGUGGACGACCACGAUCGCGUCGCCGUCCCGCCGCUGGAAGGAUUUGUCAUGAAUCGAGUCACGGGCGACUACUUUGAGACGCUCCUGUACAAGAUUUUUGUGACGAUUGACGAACACACCACCAUUGCCGACCUGGCCGCAGUCUUGCAGACGGAUUUGGAAUCGGUCAAGCACGCCGUCUCGGUCUACUGUCGCCUUGGGUUUGCCAAAAAGAAGAACGUUGAGCUCGAUGUGGACGAUGUGCGAUGGCACUUGUCGUGGAUUAGCCGCGUCGUGCACCGGCGAUCCGGCUCCACCAAGGCCGAAACGCAGGAUGUCCAGCCGGCAGCCUCGACCAAACGCGUCGCCUUCCUCUUUGAUUCCACGCUAACUGCCUUCUUGAUGAUGGGCAAUCUAUCCAUGGGGCUCAAAACUCACGCUGUCACCAUGUUUGAGGUCGGAAAGCUGACGGAGGAGUCCAUGGAAAAGUUUUUGGCCGAGCUUGAUCGGCUGGAGGGUGAGCUCGAAGGCGACGCUCAGCGGUACUUUGAGCAUGCCAUCAUUUUGCGCGAUACCUUGCUCUUCUUGCGCUACAAUCCUCAGUUGGCGGCCAUUGUCGAUCCCAGCGCGGCCGAACUGGCUGCAAGCGGUGCUCCAGCUCGCCCAAUCGCUCUAGACCUUCUUCGAUGCGAAAGUAUUUCAACCCUCGAUCCGGAAACCUGCUUCCGUGUACUGAACAAGAACUACCACAUGAUUGUUUCGAUGGCGCCGUUCGCAAAGGAGGUGCGAUCGAUUCGCGGCUGUGUGCCCCAGCACAUUGGCCCGCCCAUUCCAGAGAUGGGCUCGGUUUGGUUUAAGCUGUGGCUGUAUGGGUGUGCUGGCUCCGGGCCCCCGACGCUGCUGCUCCCGAUGGGCGCUCGGCUCUGCGAACUGCCAGCACUCAUGCAACCGUUCGAUCGUGUUCUCAUCACGACCUGGGAUCACGAGCCGACCGUCUCUUCGCUUGCAACAAUGUUGCCUGUGGUCAACGACCAGCUCUGCGGAUCUCCAGUGCUGGUGCAAGCGUACAAUGAGCAAACAGAAAUCGCCUACGUACCGUUUCCGCUCGGGCCAGAAGGCGAAAGCGGUUCCGACCUGCCCGCCGGUUCCAGCGCCCGACUGGCUGCAGCGCUAGCGCUCAUUCAAAAGGUGACCGCCCUGGCAGCCAAGCGCGGGCUGCUGCCGUUGAGCCAGCAUCCGAGUGUGCUCGCGUUGUCCAAGCACAUCGAUUUGGCACACGCGUGCGGGUACAUUUCCAUGCUCAAGCUGGGAAACUCGAGCGACACGUCCAUCGCCCUAGAUGCCGAAACGCUGCCGGAUGGGUCUGAGCUGCCGGCAUCCUUGACACACAUUGGAUUUUUCCAUCCCGCGCAUGCGACCGACUGGGUGGUCCUCGAUCUGGCGUUCGGCAUCCCGCUCUUCGACGCCAUCAUCAACGCUGAAGUGUGCCGGCGCAUGGCUGUUCAUAACCUGUUCGCCAAGGACGCGCUCCAAGCGCAAAUGCAAAGCAAUCGCCAACUGGCCCUUGAGCUGCUUGGGUUUAUCAACCGACACAUUGCCGGUGGGCUCUUGCCCUUGCUGGAUGCGACGGCUGCCACACUGUAUCCGACGCAAAUUGUGACCUAUCCCGCCCACCUUGCAGAUUUGUAAAGUGGCGAGACGAUGCAGUGGGAUUGAUUCAAAGCAAAGCAAAAAAAAAAAAAACAAAACAAAAACCAAAAAACAAACAAACAAACAGACAAACACAAAACAAAAAUACAAAAAUUCUACCAGUAAAUCCCCUCCCCUUCUCUACUGAAGUCGGAAAUCAAAAAGAAGCGUAGGUUGGCUUUAGUAGUACAAAACAUGUACAUUACAAUAUCUUAAAAACAAUUAUCACGAGAACAAACAUGAG